UUUACCUGGUCUUUAUGUUUUCAGCAAAAAAAACGAGAACAACUUACUCCUGGAGUCGUCUAUGUGCGCCACCUGCCUAACCUACUUGACGAAACCCAGAUAUUUUCCUAUUUCUCCCAGUUUGGCACUGUGACACGGUUCAGACUGUCCAGAAGUAAAAGGACUGGAAACAGCAAAGGCUAUGCAUUUGUGGAGUUUGAGUGUAAGGAUGUUGCCAAGAUAGUUGCUGAAACAAUGAACAACUACCUGUUUGGUGAAAGGCUCUUGGAGUGUCGUCUUAUGCCACCUAAAAAAGUACAUAAAGAACUCUUUAAAGACUGGAAUGUUCCAUUUAAACAGCCGUCAUACCCAUCAGUGAAACGGUAUAAUCAGAAUCGGACACUACCACAAAAGCUAUGGAUGGAGGAGCAAUUUAAAAAGAAAGAAAGGUUACUCAGGAAGAAACUAGCUAAAAAGGGAAUUGAUUAUGAUUUUCCUUCUUUGGUUUUACAGAAAACAGAAAGUAUUUCAAAAACUAAUCAUCAGAAGUCUACAAAAGGCCAGGUUUUACGUAAGAAGAAGGAAAAGGCUGUAGGCACUCUUGACACUGCUGAGAAGACUGUGGAUAGCCAGGGCCCCACACCAGUUUGUACACCAACAUUUUUGGAGAGAGGAAAAUCUGAAGUGACGGAAAUGAAUGAAGAUGAUACAGAUAAUGAAAUAGUUUCCAAACAGCCCGUAUCCUGUGUAAAAGAAGAAAUACAGAGGACUCAAACACCUACGCAUUCACGGAAGAAAAGACGAAGAAAAAGCAACCAGUGAUUUUUAAUGUAUUAUAUUUUCUGAAAAAUAUAAUAUUUUUAUGAGGGUGGACUUUGUAUUUUACUAAGAACAAUGAUAUGCAACCCUUGACAAGAUUGUCAGAGGAAAAAUAUACUGUUUGGUCCAGUUAAGGAAAGCAGUCUGUAAUUCUGGAUUGCCUGCCCUUGGCUGAAAUACAAGGGUGCAGACCGGUUUGCAGUGGCUUGGCUGACAUUGCCUCUUUGUCCUGUUCUCUGUUUUUCUUUUGACAUUUCAUAGCUCUCCUUAGUUACUCUGCCUGGAUAGAAAGGUGACCACUAAGUGCAGGUUUAAGCACUAAACUGCAGCCUUUACUGUCACCACCAGUUAAAGACCACCAGUCUUGUUUGUCCGUCUGCAUGAUUUGUCAGGGACAUUAACUCAUGAGGGCGCUUUAGAUUUCAACAUCACAUGGUUGAAGCUGGAAGUUAAAUUAUAUGUAGAGUGAGAAGGCAGUUCCAGUGUUAGCACAGAUUUAUGUAUUCAGAUUUUAAUAGAGAUUCAAAAAUGACUCAUUUUUAUGAAUAAUUUUAAAUUAGUUUUCAUUGGGCUGGCAUGGACUAAUAAGCACCAUUUUAUACCAGUAUCAUCAGUGAGGAAUUGUAUUUCAAGAUUCAAACAAUAACCAGCAAAUAAACUUUUUUUCUACAAUUCAUUUGUUUGCGAAUAGGACUUCGGAGUCAUUGGGGGAAAAUAAUGGUAAAUUUUCCCCUUCAUUA